AUGAAGUGCUUUUCAUUCUACAUUGGAGACAGGAAGCUUGAAUUGAAGACCACAAACUCUGCAUCAGUUAUGUCAAUGAACUCUAAUUGUACUGACCGUGAAGUUGGGAGAUCUGGGUCUGAGUUGAAUUCUCAAAAUAUAUCAACUACUAGUGUAGAAUCUAUGGCGAGGCCUAGCUACCCUAGUUUGUCCCAGAGACCCAGUAAUAUGAGAGUGUUCACAGUUUCUGAACUCAAGGCCGCCACCAGGAACUUCAGUCGCUCUGUUAUGGUUGGAGAGGGGGGAUUUGGAUGCGUCUACAGAGGCUCAAUAAAGAGCACUGAGGAACCAACCAAAAAGAUCGAAGUUGCUGUGAAACAGCUUGGUAAACGGGGAACUCAGGGGCAUAAACAAUGGGUCACAGAGGUCAAUGUUCUCGGGGUGGUCGAGCAUCCGAACCUUGUGAAGUUAGUUGGGUAUUGUGCUGAUGAUGAUGAACGGGGAAUCCAGCGUCUUCUCAUAUAUGAAUUUAUGCCUAAUGGAAGCGUGGAGGAUCAUUUGUCCAGUCGGUCUGAAACAGCUCUCCCGUGGAACAUGAGACUACGAGUUGCACAAGAUGCUGCUCGUGGCUUAACAUACCUUCAUGAAGAAAUGGACUUCCAGAUCAUUUUCAGAGACUUCAAAUCUUCAAAUAUCCUUCUCGAUGAGCAGUGGAAUGCCAAAUUAUCGGAUUUUGGGUUGGCAAGGCUUGGCCCAGAUGAAGGCUUAACUCAUGUUUCGACAGCGGUUGUUGGUACGAUGGGAUAUGCAGCUCCUGAGUACAUCCAAACGGGACGCCUCACAUCCAAAAGCGAUGUGUGGAGUUAUGGUGUCUUCCUCUAUGAACUCCUCACAGGUAGGCAGCCCCUUGAUCGAAACCGGCCUAAGAACGAGCAAAAGCUCUUGGAGUGGGUGAAGCCGUACCUAUCAGAGAAGAGGUUCCCACAUAUUUUGGACCCUAGGCUGGAGGGGAGAUUCCGGCUAAGGUCCGCCCAGAAGCUUGCGAACAUAGCAAACAAGUGUUUGGUCAGAAACCCAAAGGCACGUCCGAAGAUGAGUGAGGUGCUGGAAAUGGUGAGCCGGGUGGUGGACUCAUCGACAGAGCCAUUGAGCCCUGAACGAAGUUUCAAGAGCUCGGUGUCAAUGGGAAACAAGAGAAGAGCUGAUUCAAGAGCGCGAGACCAUAGCAGAAGCAGGUGGUUUAUGCGAAUGUGCUCUCCAAGCCUUGUCAAAAUAUGCUGA